AUGGAUUUAAAUCUGGUGAUCGAGGAGGCCAAGCCACCGGUCCUCCUCUCCCUAUCCAACGAUUUUCGAAAUUCGCUAUUUCUGUGCCAUGGAAGAAACUUUUCAACUGGUGUAAAGAAACAAAACUUCAAAGCAGGCACUUGGAAAACUCAGGAGAUUCUGCUGGCAACCCUGGUCUGUAUCCUAUUGAUCUGGUACUUGCAUUUUCUGUGGAGCAGAAGGAAGCUCUACCAUUGCUCCAGAAGACUGCCGGGACCAUCUGUUCUGACUCUGUUAGAAUGUUUUCUACGUUGCAUAAUAAAUCCACACAGUUUAUUCCCCUUCGCAAUGAAGUUGUGCGACGAAUAUUCAGGCAUAUUUCGAGUCUGGUUCGGCCCUAGGUUGUUCCUUGUUACAAGUGAACCUAAACACUACGAAAUACUGCUAGCGCAUUGUUUGAGCAAGGACAAAUGGUAUAACUUCGGUGAACAAGCCGUAGGUCAUGGGCUGUUCAAUGCUCCCUUAAAAACGUGGAAGAAGCAUAGGAAGAUCAUAAUGCCGACUUUUAACCAGAAAAUCCUAGAUGGGUUCGUGGAGAUCUUCUCUGAGCAGUCGCAAAUUUUGGUGGAGCAAAUGGAAAAGUUUGCGGGAAAAGGGGAAUUCGAUGUCUUCGAAGAAUUGAUAACGAAGUGCACAGUUGACAUUAUCUGUGAAACUGCUAUGGGGGUGAAGGUCAGCAAUCAGACAACUGAUGAUAGGCCUGUUUCGAAAUGGAUCGACAGGGUGUUGGAAAACAUGUUUGUUCGAAUGUUUGUGUUUCAUUACCAUUUCGACGCCAUUUUCAAUCUGGCAGCCAGGUCGAAGGGCGAUCGAGCUGCUCUAAAAAAUUUCCAUGAUUUUUCUGGUUCGGUGAUCAAGGAGAAGAAACAAUUGCUCGACAAAGCCAGAAAGCAACGCAAAGACUCUGAAGAUUUUGUCGAAGAACGCAAGGGGAAAGUAUUUUUAGAUUAUUUAUUGGAAAUUACUGCCGAUGGGAACCAGUUCACUGAGCAAGAAUUGAGAGAUGAGGUUAACACUUUCGUAAUAACUGGUUCCGACACAACAGCGUCGACAAUUGCGUUCGUUCUGAUCAUGCUCGGACUUCACAAAGAACUGCAGGAAAAAGUGUAUGAAGAAAUUAUUGAAGUGGUAGGUCCAAAAAGGACUGUGGAAAAGGAUGAUCUGCCCAAACUCUGUCACAUGGACAGAUUCAUUAAAGAAACCCUCAGGCUAUUCCCGGUGGCAGGUUUUAUUGCCAGGGCCACUGAAGAAGAAGUCGAUCUCGGGGACCAAGUGAUUCCAGGAGGAGUUUCGGUGGUUUUUAUGAUUCUCAGCACCCACACCAACAAAAGAUUCUGGCCAGAUCCGUUCAAGUUCGAUCCGGACCGAUUUCUACCGGAAGAAGUCGAGAAAAGACACCCUUGCGCCUAUAUACCCUUUUCCUACGGUCGUAGGAACUGCAUAGGAAUGAAGUACGCCAUGAUGUCCAUGAAGACACUUCUGGCGACGGUGAUGAGGAAAUUCAAGUUCGACACGUCCUAUAAGAGUGUCAAGGAGAUCGAGUUGAAGUUUAAUACCGUAAUGAGACCUAAAGAUGGAUAUAAGCUGUCUCUGGAGCCAAGAUAAUUCAUUGCUAUAUAAUAAACUUUAUUAUCAAGGUC